AUGUCCACCCUACCGGAGAGCUACAACACGCUCGCCCUCCCCCAGAUCCGCCUCUCUCACCACCCGUCCUCAUCACCCACCCCGACCCCCGUGAUCGUCCUGACGCUCGACCGCUCCUCGGCCCGCAACGCCUUCACUGACACCAUGGCCUCCUCCCUCGCCCGCGCCUACGCCCUCGUCUCCUCCGACCCCCGCGUCAAGUGCGUCGUGCUCACGGGCUCUGACCAGGCAAAUCGCACAUUCUGCGCCGGCAUGGACCUCCACCAGCCUGUCCGCCUCCCCCGCGCCCGCGACGACCAUCGUGACACGGGUGGCCUUGUGGCGCUGGCUAUGCACAACUGUGCCAAGCCCGUUGUCGCCGCCAUCAACGGGUCCGCCGUCGGCGUGGGAAUCACCAUGACGCUUCCCGCCUCCAUUAGGGUCGUUUCGAAGGACGCCAAGAUAGGUUUCGUGUUUGGCCGGAGGGGAUUCAACAUGGAGGCAUGUUCGUCCUUCUAUCUCCCCCGGCUCAUCGGCGCGGGGCCGGCACUGCAUCUCGUCACGACCGGGGCCGUCUACCCUGCCAAUAGUCCUUUACUACGGAACCUAUUCAGCGAGGUAGUCGAGCCAGAGCAGGUACUUCCUCGGGCACUUGCCAUUGCCGAGGACAUCGCGGCGAACGUGAGCACAGUGGCCGUCAGGGUCAUGCGGGACAUGAUCAUGCGAUCACCUCAGUCACCUGAGGACGCGCAUCUACUGGAGAGCAAGAUCUUCUUCGACUUGUUCAGUGGGAAAGACAGCAGGGAGGGCAUGGAGAGUUUUAUGCAGAAGCGAGCUCCCCACUUCACAGGGACCAUGGAGAAAGAUGCGCCCAGUGCAUAUCCGUGGUGGGAGGAGAAAGGGGUAAAGGCAAAGAUAUAG